CCCGCCGCAUUAAAACGAGCCAAGUUCCCCGCCGGGGGCAGCGGCGGGUUCAGGCGGUGCGGCGGGUCCGGGCGGUGCUGCCCGGCCCCGGGGAUGCACCCGAACGCCACGGCCCCGGCCGUGCCCCUGCAGCCGCACCCCACUGGCUAUGCCAACGCCUCCAACCGCUCCGACCUGCUCCCCAAAGUGCCCGACGAGGAGGACCUGGACGUCAACACCGACAUCUACUCCAAAGUGAUGGUGACCGUCAUCUACUUGGCUCUUUUCUUGGUGGGCACCGUGGGCAACUCCAUCACGGCGUACACGCUGGUGCGCAAGAAGUCGCUGCAGAACCUGCAGAGCACCGUGCACUACCACCUGGCCAGCCUCGCCUUCUCCGACCUCCUCAUCUUCCUGCUCUGCAUGCCCAUCGAGCUCUACAACUUCAUCUGGGUCCAUCACCCCUGGGCUUUCGGGGGGGCCGUUUGCAAGGGCUACUACUUCCUCCGGGACGCCUGCACCUAUGCCACGGCGCUCAACAUCGCCAGCCUCAGCGUGGAGCGCUACAUGGCCAUCUGCCACCCCUUCAAAGCCAAGAGCAUCAUGUCCCGCAGCCGCACCAAGAAGUUCAUCAGCUGCAUCUGGAUCGCCUCCUUCCUCCUCGCCAUCCCCAUGAUCUUCACCAUGGGGCAGAUCUACGCCAAGGACCGGGAUCCCGACUCGCUCAUCUGCACCGCCAUCGUGACCACCUCCUCGCUGAAGACGGUCAUCCAGGCCAACACCUUCAUCUCCUUCGUGUUCCCCAUGGUCGUCAUCUCCGUGCUCAACACCAUCAUCGCCAACCAGCUCAUCGUCAUGUUCAAGCAGGCGGCCCAGGAGAACCAGGUGUGCACCAUCGGCGGGCAGCAGACGAUGCUCAGCAUGUCCAUGGAGCCCGGCCGCGUGCAGGCCUUGAAACACGGCGUGAGGGUCCUGCGUGCUGUGGUGAUCGCCUUCGUGGUCUGCUGGCUCCCUUACCACAUACGGCGCCUCAUGUUCUGCUACGUCCCCUCCAGCCACUGGACAGAUUUCCUUUACAACUUCUACCACUACUUCUACAUGCUGACAAAUGUCCUCUUCUACGUCAGCUCAGCAAUCAACCCCAUCCUCUACAACCUGGUGUCGGCAAACUUCCGUCAGAUCUUCCUCUCUACGCUCACACUCGUGUGCCUGCCGUGGAGGAAGAAGAAGAAACGACUGGCCUUCACCAGGAAAUCCAACAGUAUCUCCAGCAACCACACAUUUUCCAGCCAGGUCACAAGGGAGACCACGUACUGAAGCCUGGGGAGGAAGGGAAAUGCAACUCAUCAUGGAGUCAAAACUGGAGAGAGGCCUCUGUGACUCUCGUGCAUGGUCUCCAAAUUCACGUGACACAAAUGUGUUUAGCAAAGUCAUUUCUGUUGGAAAAAUAGGCUUUGUUCUGCCAGUAACUUUGAGGUUAUUUUAAAGCAUCGGCCUUGCCUCUUGUGAGUGAUGUCUACACAUAUUGUAACUUCAGUCUGGCAUAAAUCCAGAUGUGGUGUUAACUGGGAAGCCAAAAUAUGUUAAACUUAGGCAAAACCGUACUGCAUUUCAUCCUUUUCUCAGUGCAGAGAUGCCGUGUUCACAUCCAAGGGUUUGAGAUCACAUCUCUUGGUGGCACCAAGCAGAGAACCCGAUGAGGAGAAAGCAGUUUUGAACAGAAAGGGAUGUCUUUGGAGAAUGGACAUGCUCAUCUAUGGGAUUUUCAGUGGACAAGGAGUGAAAGCUCAGGGAGCCAGGUGGUUAUUUUAGAAAUAUAUCUACAUUAAGAGUAAUAUGACCAAGGUGCUCAAGAGAGCCACUCUGGCUCCUUGAAAUCAAAUAAGAACAGAUGAUGCCUUACCUAGGCUGGGGUGGCUGUGGCCUGGGAGAAUGGGUGGCACCUUUGACUUUAGGGCAUCCAUAGUGCCUGGCACAGCAAACCCCCUCUCUUGCUGGUUUUGGUACCACAACACCAAUAAAUAGCAGAGUCUCUGGCAAGGUCAAGAAUGCAGAGCCUGUGCCCAGCUGGAGUGCUGAAAAUGAACAGAAAUGGAAAAUCUUAUUGUUUCCAUCCAGUCAAAUCCUGUUUUUUACUAUAGAGAAUAGUUUGCUGACCUGCUUUAAGAGGUGAGAAAACUUCAAGUUCAUGAGGGCUCCAGGUUGCUGAGGUAAGAGCAAUCUGCUCCAAUUCUGUGAGACCUUCAGAUUUUUCCCAUUCUUAUUCCAGUUUUACCUGUUUCCUCACCAUUUUUGAAAGGUUGAUGUCUCAUAGGUUAUAGAAGCUGUAGGCAGCAGGGCUUCUUGUUCUAUCUUUUAUUUCUUUUUACUGCCAGACCUGUUGGUACACUGAACUGUACCCAAAAUCUUCAGGUAGUGCAAAUGGCGAACACAAAACAGUCUAAACUGAGGAGUCAUAGCUCUAAAGCAACUUUCUUUUAACAAGCCUGAGGAACAGGAAAUUUCUCAGUUCAGGAUAGGUGCCAUGAGCUUUUCUCCCAUAUGGUUCCACCUCUAACAGCCCUCUGACUGUGUGAUACAGCAAAUUGCUCCAGAGUCUUUAGUACCAGAAACCACAGGGCUCUGGGACAAGGCUUUCCCUGCUGUCACAUCACCAGAUGUGCACAAACCUAGAACCAACCUAUCAUCCUGUGCAACCUUUGCUGUCGGUGACCCCGUGUCCCCUUUCACACCACACUUCAUUAGGAGAGCAGGGCUUGUCUCUUUAUGAUGACAAAGUAGAAGAGUCACUUGGCUCAAUUCUGCUUUCCAGGCUUUGCCCAUCCUAUGUCACUCUCCUACUAAAGAUCACCCCUGGUACCUAAUAGAAAUCCCAGUGCUGGAGGUGUGGAUCUGGCCCCAUGAACUGCCACAAAGUGAUGGAGACCAGUUACUGAACCACUGGGUGCUGGGGACUUCUCCUACAGAUAGAAUACGAUAGAAUUAUAGAACUUGUCAAGUGGGAAGGGACUCACAAGGAUCACUGAGCCCAACUCCCUGGAGUUGUGGUUUAGGUCCUGUUGGGCUCAGGACAUGGAGAAAACACCCAUGGGUCAUUUGCUGUGAGUUGUUGGUGAUGACUGACUACUUCUGAGGCAUUUAUAACCUGGCAGUUGUACAGAGCUACUAUGGUAGACCAUCAACUGACCUCCAACCAGCCCAGCCAGGGAUGGGAGAUGAUUUUAAUGCCUAGUACAGAACCACUCCAAAAGAAAGGGCUCAAAAUAGAAAUCAGUGGGGCUUUAGUUUCUUCUGAUUCAACCAAACUGCAAGCCCUGUUUUGUCAUGCCUUCGUUUGAUUUCUUGCCCUGGAUGUACCAAACAGAGGGCAGAGAUUAUAUUUAACAGAGCACUUUUGUUGCUUAUGGACUAUUGACUCCUCUUUGACAAGGAAAACAGGUAGUAGAAAAAAGGGGAAGAGUCUUCCUUGAGAGGAGAGGAGUCAAUGUCACACCCUUAACGUUGGCCUUCCAGGCAAGACACUUCAAAUGUUUCUGGACAGAACCCAAAUUUUUUAACUUCACCUCUAAAUAGAGCCAACGUCUGGGAGGUGGUUUCUGAAACCUCCCACAGAAGCUGGAACUGUGUGUUGCUUUGACUUUCAUUACAGUUUAACACUCUGCAUGUCUCAGUUGCUUUUGAAAUAUUAAACAUUAUUACUAGACUUGUUCAACACCAACCUGCUGAUGUGCUUGAUUAUCUUAGAAAACACUGUACAAAAGUUGUUGUUUCACAUAGAUUUUCAUUACUGAGAUACACUGGCAGCUUACAGAAUAUUUGAUCACAGCUCAGAGAAACUGGUAAGUUUAUUUUUGGUUUGACAUGACAGUGGGAAAAAGCUGGAUUAAAAAUGUACUUAUGAUAAACUCUUAAACUCUCACUGUUGCUGGGCCACUCAAGUGUUGAAGAUCUGGGGGAAUUCAGGGGAUUUAUCCAAGUGGUUUGCUGACUUCCACAGCUCUGUUCCCUCAGUUUAACAGGAAAGCAGACCUGGGUCCAAGGCCUUAAUCUGAGAUUGCAGCUCAAAGCUACCUCUUCUACUGGCCAAAUCUGACCACCUUGAGCUGAGAAGUGUAAGUCACAGCUGAUUUCAUUCUCCCUCCCCUCCUCAUCUAGUUUUGGUAUCUCUGACCUAGAGCUGUGGUUCCCUUGAGCUCAAAGAAGUGAGGAUAACUCACUGCAAACCCCCACGGUUUUCACAGAACCACAGAGUGGUUUGGGUUAGAAGGGACCUUAAAGACCAUCCAGUUCUGACCCCCUGCCACGGGCAGGGACACCUUCCACUAGACCAGGUUGCUCAGAGCCCCAUCCAUUUCCUUGUAGAGGAAAGCACAGUAUUGUAGAGAAGAAAGAGGCACAAACUGUCCAGUGUGUACCAGAAAAAUGGUUCUUUACAUGCCUUUUAACAGUGAUUGAACUACUAACCCAACAAGGUUUAGCUUUAAGCCUAAUAGGGUGGGAGUGUCUUUUGCCAUUAGACAGAACACCAGCUCCCAUCCACUGUGUUCUUGUCUGGGCUGAACUCUUUACCAAGGCAGAGAGAGGAGCAUUGGGGUGGCACGCUGUUCAUCUAUGCAAAUUUCAUGUAAGGGUUUUGAACUGUUUGUUUUGACUAAAAAAAGAAUAAAAUCUGUUGAACCCACAGAUGUGAAAUGCUGCCAGACAGAUCUUGAGAAAUUCCCCUCUGAAGAGAGUCUAUCAAGUGACCUCUUCAGAUGUUAUUUUGAGGUUUUGUUUCUCUUCACAGUGCUCUUGCCGGGGCCAUCCAUUUGGCAGAGUGUGAAAUCAGGGUUAUAAAGUCAUUUUGCUACUCAGAAAUUUCCCCCAGACAGGACUUUCUCACCACAGGCCCAGUACAUCAGUGUUGGAAUGCUCUGCUGAGCUUGUAAAGUGUAUGAGACCUCACUUCAGCGAGUGUUUCAGGAGAGAACUGAAUGGAAAAUGGGUGAGGAGGGUUAGCAGGACACGUGCUGUAGACAUGACAAUAGCAGGGUCUUUGCAUUUGUAGCAUCCAGCGUUCAGUGAAAUAAGCCCCAAGGUGUGCUGCUGCUGCAGACAGCUCCUGUUGCAGGUUUGAACCCAUCAUCUGUGCAGCUGCAUCGCUCCUGCCCUCAGGGAGGCACAGACACCCACAGGGCGUGGGAGCACUGGUGCUUCCCUGUGCAAUGCCAUGAGUGUCAGUCUGGUGUCCUCCUGGCUGUGUUGUUUGGUAGCUGUUUAACCAAAGCUGUUAUCUGCUAGAGCUCUGUCUGGUUUCUUCACAUUCCAGCUCAACCAGUUCUUCUGUUCUCGGUCUGGAUUCGUUUAGUAUGAAAACAGAAAUUGCUAAUCCAAAAUUUCAUGAUGCUGUGUCCUGGCUUUGUGACCCGGAGUCCUUCCCCAGCCGUGCCACCUGAUAGUCCUGCACAUAUUGUAUUUAUGGUAAAUAUUUUUUAAAGUGCACCUUUUGUUUUUUUCUUCUGAGAUACAAAAUGUUGAUAUGCUUUACUUUCUGUGGCCUGUUGCUCAAUGGAGAAUAAAUGAAUGUUAAAGUGUGUCAGUGUCUCCUUUGUAAUGUUUUCUGUGACAAAGGGAAGAAGAGGGUGUGAAAUCUUUUUGUGUAGCAAUGGGAAACACUCUUUCAAUGUAACAUGCUAUUGUUGAUACUGUAUUUACUGAUCAAAGUGUAAUGAAAUGGUUAAUUCCUGAUAUAGCCUUUGUACUGUAUGGUAUUUUAUUUUAUUUUGUUAUUCAUUGAUCCUAUGAAAUAAAUAUCCAAAUUUAA